AUGGACGGCGAUUUCGUCCCGUGGCUCAUUGACUGGGCCAUCGACAGUGCCGUCCACGUUAGCAUCACCGUCGCAGCCGACUGCUUUGUCCGGGCCAUCAUCCGCUCCCACGACGAAAAUAGACGCAAAAUUCAGGUUUUUCUCCUCGAAUGGAGUCCGCGCAACACAUGUCCCGAUGUGUCCAUGCACCAGCGCUCCAUUAUCGAACGAUUCAACAGCAUCCUCUACUCGCCCGAGGUGAUGGCCAUUUUCCGUUCGGUGCUCAUUGAGACGACCGAGGUUCUGUUCGAAUAUUUUGUGGUAUUCCUCUACGUCAAUGUCAUCAAACCCAACCUACCACGGGCACCACACCGCAGACAGGCGCAGCCUCAUGUACGCCGUGUUCCGCCGCGUGUUCCGCCGCGUGUUCCAACGCCGCCACCAACGCCUCCACCACCGCCUCUUCCCACACCACCACCAUCGCCAAGGAACGAGCCGGUCGUUUUGGACGAGCUGGACAUCACCGCCACGCAGGCAAUCGCAAUUCGUCUACAUGUCGACGAAAUGGUCGACAACAAUGUGAUUUAG